GUAGACGAGGGCGGAUGUCCGAAGCGUGUCUUCUUGACUUCUGGAGGGACGAUGAUGUCAUCUUCCCUCGGCAGCGUGCGAAGUGCGUUCUAGUUGGGAGUAUAAGUACAGCCGUCUGCAUCCACGGAGCUGCAGCCCUUUGGCUAUUCUCACCUUGACCAUCGAUCUUCAUGGCGGACUCGGUACUCAAAGAGCUCUCUUCGACCAGCCUCUUCGAUCUCACUGGCGUGGUGGCGGUCGUGACUGGCGGAGGCACAGGCAUCGGACUGAUGAUAACAACUACGCUGAUAGCGAACGGGGCUACUGUGUACAUCAUUGGGCCGAAGCAGGAAGACCUCGACAAGAUCGCGAAGGUGUACAACGAUGCCGCUGAAAAGGAACGUAAGCCUGGUCGCAUUCACGGCAUUGCAGGGGAUGUAAGCAAGAAGUCCGAAGCGUUGCGUCUGGCCGACGAAGUCAGGAAGCGCGAAGGUCAUGUUACGGUGCUGUUCAACAACGCUGGUAUCACCACUACCGCCAUCAAAAGGCCGACUGAAGCCACAGCAGAGGCCUAUGUUAAGGCUUUCUUUGAUCCGGUCUCGGAGGCAGACUUCACAAACACUCAUUCCACGAACGCCGUCGGUCCCUAUUGGCUCACGUUCGCCUUCCUCCCUCUCCUCGAGAAGUGGAAGGAGAGCCCGGGCGGACAGCGCUUUGCUCCUCAGAUCGUCAUGACGUCCUCCAUGAACGGAUGGACCAAGGAUCUCGCGACGUCCGGGUUCAGCUACCCCUACAUGUUCUCGAAGGCCGCCAUCGGGCAGGCGACCUCGACCCUAGCACACGACCUCUUGCCUCUUGGCAUCCGUGUCAAUGGAAUUGCCCCAGGCUUAUUCGUUACCGAGAUGAGCUCGCCUGGUACGAUCGACGAGCUGGGUCGGUCGCACUUCCCACCCGGCUUGGAGUGGGGGUUCGAGGUACCUGUCUCGCGUCCUGUACCUCAAGGAACGUGGGGAGCCGGGACGAACAAGGAUAUGGGAGCGCUUGUACUCUUCUUGGUGUCGAACUGGUUCGUCGACGGGGAGACUGUACUGAUUGACGGUGGAACCAUGCUUCGGCACCCGUCGUCAUACUAAAGCGUUCAGGGCGAUUACUUGCAGGCAUCACAAGUCUGUAGGCAUCUGGGCUUGCAAAAAUAAACUACGCUUUCCA